UUUCUUCUUCAAGAAAGGAAGAAAAAUUAUCUCCCUAUUUUCAUUUUCUCUCCUGUUUUAAUUUCUGAUCUUCUCCGUCGUACUACCACCACUACGCCGCCAUGGUUCUGUCCAAGACAGCGUCGGAAAGUGACGUCUCCGUUCACUCCACUUUCGCCUCCCGAUAUGUUCGAACUUCUCUUCCCAGGUUUAAAAUGCCAGAGAAUUCAAUACCAAAGGAAGCAGCAUAUCAGAUUAUAAAUGAUGAGCUUAUGUUAGAUGGAAAUCCAAGGCUAAAUUUAGCAUCUUUCGUUACAACAUGGAUGGAGCCAGAAUGUAAUACGUUAAUGAUGGAUUCCAUUAACAAGAACUACGUUGACAUGGAUGAAUACCCUGUAACCACUGAGCUUCAGAAUCGAUGUGUAAAUAUGAUAGCUCAUUUGUUUAAUGCACCACUUGGAGAUGGAGAGACUGCAGUUGGAGUUGGAACUGUUGGAUCCUCUGAAGCUAUUAUGCUUGCUGGAUUAGCCUUUAAAAGAAAAUGGCAAAAUAAAAUGAAAGCCCAAGGCAAGCCCUUUGAUAAGCCCAAUAUCGUCACCGGUGCUAAUGUCCAGGUGUGUUGGGAGAAAUUUGCAAGGUAUUUUGAAGUGGAGUUGAAAGAAGUAAAAUUGAGUGAUGGAUACUAUGUGAUGGACCCUGAGAAAGCUGUGGAAAUGGUGGAUGAGAAUACCAUUUGUGUUGCUGCUAUCUUAGGUUCAACACUCAAUGGUGAAUUUGAAGAUGUUAAGCGUUUGAAUGACCUUUUGAUUGAGAAGAACAAAGAAACCGGGUGGGACACUCCAAUUCAUGUGGAUGCAGCAAGUGGUGGAUUUAUUGCACCAUUCCUUUAUCCAGAGCUUGAAUGGGACUUUAGAUUGCCAUUGGUGAAGAGUAUUAAUGUGAGUGGUCACAAAUAUGGUCUUGUCUAUGCUGGUAUUGGUUGGGCCAUUUGGAGGAAUAAGGAAGACUUGCCUGAUGAACUUAUUUUCCACAUCAAUUACCUUGGUGCUGAUCAACCUACUUUCACUCUCAACUUCUCUAAAGGUUCUAGCCAAGUAAUUGCUCAAUAUUACCAACUUAUUCGCUUGGGUUUUGAGGGUUACAAGAAUGUUAUGGAGAAUUGUCAAGAAAAUGCAAGGGUAUUAAGAGAAGGAAUUGAAAAAAGUGGAAGAUUCAACAUAAUCUCCAAAGAAAUUGGAGUUCCCUUAGUAGCAUUUUCUCUUAAAGACAACAGUCAACACAAUGAGUUCGAAAUUUCUGAAACUCUUAGAAGAUUUGGAUGGAUUGUUCCUGCAUAUACUAUGCCACCAAAUGCUCAACAUGUUACAGUUCUCAGAGUUGUCAUUAGAGAAGAUUUCUCCCGCACACUAGCGGAGCGACUGGUAAUAGACAUUGAAAAAGUCCUCCACGAGCUAGACACACUUCCGGCGAGGGUCAACGCUAAGCUAGCCGUGGCCGAGGCGAAUGGCAGCGGCGUGCAUAAGAAAACAGAUAGAGAAGUGCAGCUAGAGAUUACUACUGCAUGGAAGAAAUUUGUUGCUGAUAAGAAGAAGAAGACUAAUGGAGUUUGUUAAUUUAAUUUAACAAAAAAAAAGUUUAUAAUAUGGUGAUUUAUGUAACUACUAGCAGUCGUACUGCUUGUUUUUUAUAUUUGAGUUGAUGUGUUUUUUGAGCACUUGAGGAGCUAGCUAGUUAUUGCUAGUGAAAAAUUGGAUGAUAUAUUUUGGACUACUUUGUAAGUUUGUAUUAUUAAUCCAAAUUAAACGAUAUUUAUCAUG